AUGUAUCAAGCCUGGAUUAAGGGACACCCUCCACCCUCGUUCCCUACCAACUACACAGAAAACCCUGCUUCCAUUCCACCACUCUCUCAACCCCAGAUGCCCAAUACCAUUGAUCUUUUCCCACAACACGCACCUGGCUUUACCCCUUACCAUAACUACCCCGCAACCACCCAGGCAAUCCAGAGUGGUACCGGAGGUUUGCUAGGCAAAAAGAAGAAGGAAGAUAUCGCUAUGGUUGUCUCCGAGUCAUGGCAUGGCCAGAGGGCCAGGCCAUCCCAAUACCUUGUUCACCAUGCACAGUCAUAUGCUCAACCCCCUCCUUACCCGCAAUGGCGUGCUCCAGCUCCGCAGAAUAUCUACCCAGCUCCACAAAAUACCUAUCCACCCCCACAACCCUAUCAAAACCCCACUGGUUCAAAUUUUCGAUCAAGGCCAGAGUAUAGGAGAGAGAGGCAGCAGCGGAAACAAACUUUUACCCCGCUUGGAGAGUCCUAUGCUAGUCUGUUUCAAUGGUUAAGGCAGUUGGACGUCUUGAGGCCGAUUGAGUCAAAGAUACCAAAUCCCCCUCCAAAGAACCUCGAUUAUUUCCUAAAAUGCGCAUAUUGUUCUGAUGCUCCAGGGCAUGACAUAGAGAAGUGUUGGCGUUUGAAAACGGAAAUCCAGGAGCUUAUUGAUACCAACCAAAUUGUAGUCCAAAGCCCAGACAUGCCGAACAUCAACCAAAACCCUUUGUCAGCCCAUGCAGAGACGCAUAUGAUUGAAAUAGUUCACAAGGACGGGGAGCCCAGGAAGUCUUCUAAGUCCGUCAUGAUGAUUUGGGCCAGUGAAAGUAAUUCAGUUAAAGCUCCUGACUCUACCAAAGCGAAGCCCUUGAUAGUUGAAGGGGUGACAGAAAAGCCAAGCUCGCUCAAUUUGAAACCACCAGUGUUGGUCGUGAAAGGGUUGUCAAAAGAUGUUAGGGCAAGUCCGGAAAGUUCAAAAGUGGUAGUACCAUGGAUUCGAAGUAAGCCUGUCAUAGUUAUGAAGGGGGCUCCUGCUACCCCUAUCAUCAUUAAACUAGUAGGCCAGCUUCCAGUGAUAGAUGGCAAGAUCUUCAAAGCAAAUAUGAUCUCUUUCUCGGACGAUGAACUUCCUAUGGAGGGUACAGAACACAACCGAGCUCUUUAUCUCAUGGUGAAGUGCGAAGAUUCUGUUGUCUCAAGGGUUUUUGUUGAUAAUGGCUCUAGUGCAAAUAUUUGUCCCUUGUCUACCCUGCAAAAACUGAAUAUUGGCACCAAAAGAAUCCACUUGAACAGUGUAUGUGUCCGAGGCUUUGAUGGGGGAGGUAAAGAUUCUGUUGGAGAUAUAAUGCUCGAAUUGCCCUGGAUACAUGCUGCUAAAGUAGUUCCGUCUUCUCUGCAUCAAAUGGUGAAGUUCGAAUGGGACAGGCAGGAAAUAGUUGUACACGGUGAUGAGGACUUGUUAGCUUGUAAUGACACAAUUGUUCCGUUCAUCGAAGCUGAAGAUGAUAAAGGACCUUAG